CUUCUGAUUGAUAGUGGAACGGUCCUUUAACUUCAACAUGGCGGGCCAGCAACAUGUGUCUUGUGGUCGAGACUUGCAUUGUGUCCCUGACAUAUCGUCUUCCACGCAAUUGGCUUCGGUUGCAGGGUUUGACUUUGCAGCAAUGCCUCUAGUUCACCCACGGUUUAAGCGUGAAUUCCUGGAAGGUAAAGCCAAGGACAGACAAGGAGCAUUUGCUAGGUCGGAUCUCUUUCUCUCAAGCCAAGAUUGGAGUUCUCUUGUUGUAGGCAAGUUGUCACCAUGGUUACAACUAGAUUCAGAUGAUGAAAUAACUCGCAAGAACUCACAGGCUGCCUUGAAGCAGGAACUGGCUUAUGCAGCUCAUCUCAGUGUGCCUGCUGUCUUGGUUCCUCUGAGUAACAGCAAAUGUGCCAAUCUUGGACGCUGUUUGCUAAGCCAUAUGCAGGGCCACAGCAACCAUCAGGUGUGGAUUCAAGUCCCGAUGGUUGCUCCAUCUCGCCUGACUGAUGACCUUGUUGAGAAUGACACCAAGCAACAGUCUAGUGGCAGUAACAAUGUCAUGGAGGACAGUGACAUUGUACCAACCAGCCAGGAUCCCUGGCAUUGGUGGAACACACUACGUAGGGUUUGCCAUCACCACAAGAGACUAGGUGUAGCUCUGGAGAUUUCUGCAGAUCUACCUGCCCAGUCUGUUAUCAAUCGAUGGCUCGGUGAACCACUGAAGUGUGCUAUAUUCUCAACUACGCUGUUCUUGACCAACAAGAAAGGUUAUCCAGUGCUCUCCAAGGCCCACCAACAACUAGCCCAUAAGUUAUUCAGACUUGACGUACAGAUGAUGAUUACAGGUAUCAAUCGUCAUCCAGACAAAGGUAUAAGAGCCUACCAACAGUACAUGGACCAUCUCUUCCAGAAUCAACAACCUCUGACAGGUGUGGAAGCCUUUGCCAAGGGAUAUGAAGACUAUCUACAGUGCCCAUUGCAGCCAUUGGCUGACAAUCUGGAAUCCCAAACCUAUGAAAUAUUUGAGAAGGAUCCAGUCAAAUACACUAGCUACCAGAAGGCUGUAUUUCAGGCACUCAAAGACAGGGUACCAGACAGUGAAAAGGACACCAAGAUUUCUGUAGUCAUGGUGCUUGGGGCAGGCAGGGGACCUCUUGUCACUGCUUCUCUCAAAGCAGCUGAGCAAGCCGACAGAAAGAUUGAAGUGUACGCUGUUGAGAAGAACCCCAACGCAGCUGUAACACUGUUUACUCUGAAAGAGGAGAAAUGGGGAGAUAAUGUGACCAUAGUGCAAAGUGAUAUGAGAGAUUGGGAGGCACCUGUCAAGGCAGAUAUCAUUGUCAGUGAACUUCUUGGAGCAUUUGGUGAUAAUGAGCUGUCCCCUGAAUGUCUAGAUGGAGCACAGCCAUUUCUGAAAGAGGAUUGUAUAAGUAUCCCUUGUACGUACACAUCUCAUCUAAGCCCAAUCAUGUCUCAUAAACUCUACAAUGAAGUCCGCCUGUGCAAGGAUAAAGAUAAGAACCAAGAUGCCCACUUUGAGACUCCUUAUGUCGUCCAUCUCCACAAUGUCACCCGUCUGGCUCCUUCUGUACCUCUCUUUACCUUCACCCACCCCAAUAAGAACAGUUUGGACAAUACACGCUACAAAUCAGUCGGCUUCAUCAUGGAGGACGACGCAGAAGUGCAUGGCUUUGCUGGAUAUUUUGAUACAGUACUCUACAAAGAUAUCAUCUUGAGUACCAACCCUAAGACAUUCUCUGAAGGAAUGUUCAGCUGGUUCUCAAUAUUUUUCCCCUUGAAGGAACCUGUCCAUGUGACUGCCAAGUCGGAAUUAGUGGUUCAUUUUUGGCGUAACUCAACUCCACGAAAUGUUUGGUAUGAGUGGUGUGUAUCUGAGCCAGUCACCAUGCCUAUACACAACAUCAAUGGACGGUCCUACACCAUUGGCAUGUAAUAAGAGGUUUUUCAUCUGCCAGGUUAGAAACACGAGGCCAGUUUGUGUAAAUGUACAACAUAUGUGAAAUUGUUGCAAGGUGAUAUUGCUGAUUGUACUUCUCAUGUCUAUGUGUUGUAAUGGUUAAAUAAAGAUCUACAAAAUAUUGCAAAAACUCGUUUUAACAUGCUGAGCUACAUUCCCUUAAAAGUUGAGUAAAAAAUAUAUGCCUCACAUACUCAAGUCGGAUUGGGCUUUGUUGCUUCUGAAAAAGUUUGGUCUUUGGAUAAACAUGUAUGGCUAAGGCCUAUGGGCUGGCAAGACUGUGUGUAAAUCAUAAACAGAGGCAUGGUCAAGGCCUAUGGGCUGGCAAGACUGUGUGUAAAUCAUAAACAGAGGCAUGGUUAAGGCCUAUGGGCUGGCAAGACUGUGUGUAAAUCAUAAACAGAGGUAUGGCGAAGGCCUAUUAGUCUGGUUCCCUGCUCAAAGAUUCCCUGGUAAGUCUUGAUAAAAAAUCUUAGGCCAGGCAUCACCUACAUGUAUAAAUAGAUAUGAUGCAAGGGUCAGGGGUCACAAGUUGAAAGCCCGGGUGUUUUCGAUUUCAUCAGUGGCAACAUCGUAAUAAUGGGGCUUUUCCCAUAUCCAGUGGGCAAUACUGCAAGUGUAUCCCCACUGAGAGCAUGUUUCAGGCACAAAACCUGCAUUGGUUGAAGAAAGUUAUAUUCUGCAUUUCACCUGGCAUUUCGGUCAAGGCGCCUUCAAUUUCAGUGGAAAGUCAAAUUUUGUAGGAUCAACAGCUGCCAUUCAGUUGUGGCAGUUUACGUUCAACAGCUAGCCUACCUACCUUGCUGGGAAUAACUUAACAUCAAUGGUACCAUCGGAACUUGCCAAAUAUAGACGGAACGACUUCGGAAUAUUUCAGCUAUUUUCAGAAAACUGGAGAAACUCCUCCAGUCUUGGUCAUGUGGACAUUGGCUGAUACCUGACCCUUGAUUCUUAGAGUAGUCAGAAUCAUUGGGUCUGGUAUCCAGACUAAAGGCCUAUGGGUUGGCAAAACAGUAUGUAUAUCAGUUAUGAAAGUUGGAUUGUCCACAUUGGGUAUUGAAGCCUCUGAUACUGUGGAGGAUUGAGCCCCAUAUACAUUGACUAGGGCUGUGUCCAAGACAGGCUUGCAGAGCUAUGGCUACGGCUAUUGUCAGCGCAUCUGUGUGUAUUUCUAAUGGAGUGAAGACCUAGACCUAGCUCUAGACAACAAAUUCAGAUGCAGCCUUGGCUUGGGUUAGUGAUUGAAUCAUGCAUGAUGUAGCAAAUCGACCAGACUUGAAAUACAAAACUUACUCUUGAUAAAUUAUCAUAACAAAGGAAUUGUUCGUUCAAAUUAGCCAGAUAUGCAUGUUUGUGUGAUGUACUGAACAAGAUUUGUCAUUCUACUCACUAUUCUUCCAAUAACUAAAAGAUAUGCAUAGUGUAUUAUUGUAUAACCAACUAAAAUUUCUUUCUCUUAAUGUCAUGUCAGAUGUACAAGGUUUUCACCUUAAAUCCUGGUUAUGCAUCAACGGUACAUAUUUCAAAUAGUAAGUAAUGUCAGGAUUACUGUGUGCAUUAUUGUAAUCCUCCAGCACUCAACUUCGAAUCAUUGACUUUACAAAGGAGUGAUAGAUAUGUCUAGGUGAUAUAUCUGUGGAUUCGAUGGGUGGCACAUUAUAUGCAUCUACUGAUUUGCAUUAACAUGGGCACAAAAUAGCACAAGUGUCUUGGUAUGAGAGGACAAGUGUCUUGGUAUGAGAGGACAAGUGUCUUGGUAUGAGAGGAGUGCACUUGUGAGAGAACAUGUUCUGAAUAUGGCAAUUGUGACUCUAACCCUAAAAGAGCCAAGUGGUGGUGGUGGGCGUGGCAGAAUCUGUCCCCCCCCCAUAUUUUUUUCCGAUAUCAUCACAGUGCAUUUUCUUCUGGAGUUCGAGUUAGGAGUUUUUAGAGUAACACUUUGAAAUCAUUUCAACAUUAUUUUGCAAAAAUCGAAUGUACCAUUUUAGUGGAACACUCUCCCAAGACAGGUCAGCCAAAAAUGUGCAUGUGCACUGGUGCACAUGCGUGUAGCCAUGAACUUUAAAUGACAGUAACUACAAAACCAUGUCUGUUGUGAGUUCAAACUUCACAUUUGUAGUGAUAAGGAGUGUCUGUACAUAAAUGCCAAGUUUGAAAAAAAAAUUGGCCUGGCACAGCUGAGUUGUUGGGGGUGGGAGCCCCCUGGGUGUGAGAUGGGGAGAAAUAACCUGGCUGUUUUAGGGUUAAAUGACAGACAUACUUUGCAUGUUUUGGACAGGGAUGUGAUUGGGUGCUCAGUCCGUGAUCACAAGACCUGGUAUACACAUUCUCCGUAUAUGUACCUGUAUAGCUACUUACCUCAGUGAUAUUAAUUAUAGGACUGUAGACAGGUGUGAUUCAGUAACCAUUUUUCUACCAAAUAACUCUUAUUCAUGGUCCUCUUGUGCUUGAACAUUGCUCAUCGUGUACCUAUCAAUGAAGCUAUUUUAACAGAUACCUCAUGGCCUCAAAGUAUUUGAUGUGAAAGAAGUGUUUAAAUUCAUUGAAAUAUCAAUCGAAAAAUUCUGAAAUUUGCUGGAUGCUGUAAAUUUGAUAAGGAAUUGGGGCAUGAGCACCCGCAUCAUUUAUUUACUUCCCCUUUUCACUAUUGAUUGUAAUUUGUUGCGAGGUCGUAUCGACAGGAAGUAGCUGUUUUUUGUGUACUGCACAAAAAAAUUAAUUUGUUGUUGUCUUAUGUGUCUCCAUUCUUGUGUUUAAACCAAGCUAUCACUAAGUCUGUUUCGCAUUUACAAGCAGCAUAUGAUGAGGAUGUUUGCAGGUAUCUGACUUGCUUAUUAACUGUAUUUGCCAAUUUACAAAGAAGUGUUCAAAGAGUUGAGUAAAGCUGUCAAAAAAAUUGUAUGACAAGCAUGCAUUAUCCUUAAAGGGGCAAUAGUAUUUAUACCUCCCGGCAGGGGUCUCCUCGGAUUUUUGAAUCUGAACAUGCCACAUGCCUUAUAAAAUAUCCAUGAUGAGUACACCUGUGAAAAAAAAUUGAUACAACAGAAAAUUUUGUUUUAAUCCAUUUUUCACAACCGUGAUCAGUGAGAAAAAUUACAGUGACUGCAAGACAGGAGGAUUCUGCCUCAGCUCUUAGGUUUUAUAAGAUUCCCUGUUUUUCUGAACUUGGUGUUCUGUACAGCGACAACCUCAAAAUAUGAGGCAACAAUUCAAGCCAUUUCAAGAUAUGUGUAGAUUUACCAGUUUGGGUUGAAUGUAUUAUGAUUUUUAAAAUCCAUGAUAAUACAUUUAGCACUUUCGGAAAUAUUUUGUCAUGUUAAAAUGAUUUCCCGAACCCAGGAGAUUUAACAAACGAACAAACAACCAAACAAACACCCCAACCCAACAGACAAAAACAAGCAAACAGCCCAACAAACAACCCAACACCCCCAACAAACAAACAACAAACAAACUGUUUUUAAUACUCCAGACAUUGUUGUGAAUUGUAAAAGUAUCUCCUGCUAUGUAUGGGAAGCAUGAGAUAGAAAUGUGCAUUGCAAAGGAAGAGUUCAUUCUGCUUAACUCGAACUAGUUGAUAAAAUGUUAUCACAUACACUGUACAUGUAUGUGUAUUAAAGUUAUGACACUAUCGACGAAGGAAGAUUCUUAUUACUUCCGACUUUGUACAUGUUUACUUUGCUGAUUUCAUACUUGUAACAAAGUCAUUUUCACCCCAAACCGCAUAGCAUUUUUUCUUUCUUGUGAAGUUUCUUAAAGUGGUCGCCUUUGAUCACUUACAUGUACGUAAGAAGAUUCCUGUUCUAAAGUAAUCCAUACACGCCGUAAAUAUU